AUGGCAGAAUCAGCUGUGGAAAUUUCCCCGCUGGAGGUGCAGCUCCUGGAGCUCAAAAAGAUUUCAUUCCUAGGACACGGUGCCUCUGGCUACGUCGACCUCGUCUUCUACGGCGGCCAAAAGUGUGCGCUCAAGAUCGGGCAGACGGCGAGUGCCCUCCCCAGUUUCGAGAACGAGCGCAAGAUGAUGGAGCUUAUAGCGGGUGCUGGAGGAGCACCUCGUGUCCUGGCCUUCUGCCCGAAAAUCCCGGCUCUCAUCAUGACAUUCUGUGGCGCGAAGGACCUCGUCGACGUCGUGGAGAAGCGGCGUUUCCGUGACGAGCGGGAUCUCCUGACGAUCGCCCUCCAACUGACCCAAGCCGUCCAGGAGCUGCACCAGAAGGGCGUCGUCCACUGCGACUUGAAGCCCAAUAACGUCGUCGUGGAGAUGGACGACGAAGGACGACCUCAGACGGUGCAUGUGAUUGACUUCGGCCUCGCACGACCCAUCGGUGGCAAGCACACGCCGAUGAAGACCUGCCUCCCCAGGGAAUGGUAG